AUGCUUCUGUUACAGACCAGACGCAAAUCCGUGAUUGUCAUCGAGGAUCUCGAUCGAUUCAUCUCUGUGAAACCAACGGCUGUGAGCGUCUCAGGGAUUUUGAAUUUCACUGACAGUAUCCUCACCUCUUGCGCAGCAGAUGAACGGAUCAUGGUGUUCACGAUGACGGGAAAAGAACAAAUCGACCCGGCUAUGCUCCGACCGGGUCGUGUCGACGUUCACAUCCACUUCCUGUUAUGUGAUUUCAUGGUGUUUAGAACUCUCGCUAACAACUACUUAGGCGUGAAAGAGCACAAGCUAUUCCCGCUGGUGGAAGAGAUAUUCCCAAACGGCGCGUCUUUGAGUCCUGCCGAGAUCGGAGAGCUGAUGAUUGUGAAUCGCAGUUCUCCGACUCGUGCGUUGAAGCAUGUCAUCAACGCUCUGCAGAUUGACGGAGAUAGGAGAGGAGCUGGACGGCGCUUGAUUCUCGAAAGCGGCUCGAGAAGAUCAACGACAACGGAGGAUGGUGGUGUAGAUAUAAGUAAUUCUCUUGGCGGAGGAGGAGGAAGCUCGCCGGCGGUGAAAGAGUUAAGGAAGCUGUAUGGGUUGUUGAGAAUCAAAAGUAGUAGAAAAUCUGAGCCAUUCGAUGUGGUUCGAGAGAAUAGAGACGGCUGA